CGAAUUAAAGGAACUCGUUUAUGAUUAACGCUCUAUGUGGUUAGCAGGAUAUUAAAGAAAAACAAAACAAACCUUUUAUUAUUAACGGAAGCUUCGUUUACUACAGAUCACCAGGUCACACCGACACCGAGACACGUUAACCGGCAAGACGUCCUUGCUGACAGCGCCAGUCACAAUGAUCCAAGUGAAGAACAAAGAGGACUGUUUGCCUGAAACACCUGAUGAGACCAGCAGAAGACAGAGUCUCAUCGAGUCCCAUCCUGAGACGACCAACAACCUGCCGUCUGCGUGUGUGAUCAGCACACAGCUACUACCACCACCACUGAUAUGUGACGGCCCUCAAUACUACGGGGUGCAGAUGGAUCUGUUGCAGGAGUACUACCUAACACAACUGCCAGGACUCUCGGCUUACUGGAUGGCCUCCCAGCUGGGGGACACUGAUUCCAGCCUCCCCCAGGAGGCAGCAGGGGCCAGCGCUCCCUGCUCCAUGGAACAAGACGAGGUCUUGCUGAAGAGGGAGUCCCUCCUGAUGAGGAACAGGAAAGCCGCCCGGGUGACCAGAUUAAAGAAGAAGCAAUACAUUAGAUGCCUCGAAGAAAGAACGCUCGCACUCGAAAGAAAAAAUGUGUCUCUGAUUGCGGAAAUCAAAGCGAUGAGACACAUGCACCGAAAGUAGAUGUGCGUACUUUUGAUUCUACCUCCAUGGGUUUGCUUGAGGACUCUGGCUUUGCUGACACACAUGUACAAAAUACUGCUGGUCCUUGCAAUAAAAAUGUGUUUAUUCAA